AUGACACCGGAUAAUGAUUCCGUAGGAGGCUUGAUGUCGAUCAAGGUCGAGAAUCGCGGCAUGCUUCCGCUUUUGGUGAAAGACCUUGAACCAAUCAUUCUAAGAUUUCUGUCAGCCUCACUUUACGCAAGCCAUCGGCCCCCAAGAGCAACCCCAACGUCCCAGCGCAGACUGAAGUCGGCUAACAAGCUCAAAACUUGCCCGCGUAAAUCGCUGGCCGGAUCUCAAUCAAAUACAAUACACGUCAAAGAAAUUCGUCAGCAAGAGCGAUUAAACCAAGAAGACCCUAGGCGUCUUCGUAGCAUACUUGCGCAACCAGUGGAACCUGAAAUGAACAAUAUCAAGGAGAUACUGGCUGCCCUCAACAGAUUAAGCAAAUGCCAAUUAAAUACUUCCUACAUGAAGCACGGAUCUUCCUUCGGACUUCACAAACUAGUCUAUCAUUCCGUCCAAGAGUCUAGUUCACAGCGUCGAAGGGAUAGCUCCAGCGAGCGGAAUCACGGUUUUUUUUCGGCCAGUCUCAUCAUCAGCAUUCGCACCAACAUUCAGAUUUCCGCCAUCAUGAAGGCAUGGAAGGGUGUUUGGCAACUUCAGGUGCCUAUCACCGCCGAUGAUUGGGAACUCCUUGUCCAUGUGAGCCUUGAAGGCGAGCUCUGCCAAACUCGCCUAACCCUGAAUGAAAGAGUCCCUGCAUUCCUGAAUCUUGCUGUGCCUUGCAAAAAGCAACUUGCAGUCCGAAUUUCAACCAAUAGUUGGAAGUUCUGCACACGGCUCGGAUGUACCGCCAAACCUUGGCACAGCAAAGACAUUCUCGAUGCAAUGAGAUUCGCUAGGUUGCUCCUAGAGCGAUUUUUUCUCCUCAUCCUCGCUCCUUUAUUCCUGUCCCUCUUUGUUGGAGUUUGGCACUCCGAUUGGUUGCUCGAGCGUGUCGGCUUCACAGAGCGCGGGUCGUGUCUCCUUGGUAGGAAUGCAUUAACACUAGACAAAAGUAGCCUUGCGAAUAAGAUACUUGUACGGAGACAUUUGAUUACGGAGAUUUCUGUCCUCCAAAAUAACCACAGUUCAGAAUACCGCCGUUAUCCUCAAAUUCAGAUUACAGGGCCAUCUUCUGUCUCGAGAACUCCCCACUUCUUCUCCACACAUCCUGCGCCGUCCACUUUUCUUUUGGGAUGUUUACAAUCGCGGGCCCCACUAGAGGCUGCUCCAACCGAAGAAAUGAUAUACCCUCUGCAUUCGCUAUUCGACGAUAAGAGAAGUACGGACACCCACCAGCCUCGAAAACAUCAGGCAAUCACUUACGAGCAGAAGACCGGCGGCUGGAGAAUGGAAGAGGGCUCAUCGAGAGAGACUAAUAUCCUCGGCAAAGUGCAGCAAGAAUCCGGGAGACUUCCAGAGCGUCCUCCUAUCUCCACUCCCGAGUUCCUUGAGAGAACCCGCGAUAGGAGUGUGCCAAGAGACAUGAUGAGAGAGGAGGGAGGACCAGGGCUGGCAAGGGGUUCUACCGGAAUCUUAUUAUCUACACAAGUCCAAUAUAUAGGGGCAGGGGAUUACUUCAUUCUGAGGAUCGCCGACAGCUUUGCGUGUCGAACGAUGAAGCGGCUGUUGAGAGGAGACGACAGGACCGCGAUAGCAUAUGAAACUUUAACGCCAAAAGCGGAUGGUGAACGACGUGGUCUGAUCGGGCACCUGCACCGUGCCGGAACGGCCAACCCUGCGCGGGAGGUGUUGGGCGAGUCUAUUCUUAUGGGUUGGUGUUCCGCCUUCAGAACUCCCAAAGAAUAUAUUUCAACCGCCAGUUCUGGAGCGAAUAGAAAUGACGAAGUCGUCUCCAUGUUGCAUGUUGCCAUACGUGCCAUGUUUCGUCGCUCGUGCACCAGCGGGUACAUGUACGGGGAGACCUACAGUCAUGGCAUACCUUUCCAUCCCGGGCCUGAGUGCAUGUCAACUGCUCAAUACACCGCAAACUUGCUCCUCGCUGCCCUCAGAUUUGCCCCUAAGAGGCACAACAUAUCCAAACUACCCCAGCAGACCACAAAUUGCUGCGGCCGCCAUCACGCUUCUCAAAAGUCCAUUAGCUGCAAGAAGCGAAGCUGUGUAUGUUGGGCAACAAAAUGGGACAUAAAGGAACAUACAUUGCGUCGCAGCAAUUUAGACUCCGGCCGUUGCCAUGAAGACACCGAGCAUAGUGGCAACCCAGCGAAUGCAGGCUUAGUCCGUGGAAGCUUCAAGAAAGUCAGCAUCAACGAUAAUCCCAAUGAACAAGAGUUCCUCAAGUGUUUCCAUUCCACGCUUUGCGAUCCUACGGUCUACCACGAAAACGAAAAACUCAUGCCGCCACCGCUAAGUGAUCCAAAUCUUGGUACACGAAAGAUCCCGUAUACCAGCUCCGGAUUGAUGAGAGCGUCGAAUGCAACCCCUUUCAUGGAGAGUUUGGCUUGGUCAAGCUCUGUGUGCGCUCAAAUAGACUCAUUUCCGGUUGCUCGUCACAGCCUCUAUGCUCUCCGAAGAAGGAUCGUUGAAGCGCGUGUCUCCGGCAAUGCAAGCAGUAUUAUAACCAAGACAGGUCCAGCAAGCAAGAGCAUCUUCCAUUGCGACCAACCCAAACCAUUCACGGGGACACUGAAGGCUACGAAGAGUAGACCAAGUGAAGGUUCCGGCGACCCGACACCUGCCCAGAUUCCAACAAUGCAUGGCGAUCCGAAGAAGCCCAGCAGAAAUCGUAGAACCGAUGGUCCCGCAAACUUCUCGCCAACGAAGUUCCACCGUCCGGCCGACUACGGGAAUCCUAGUAAAGGUCGGCGCAAAAGGCAUAGAACCAUAACCGAACCCGAAAAUGUAUAUCGCGAUUCCCAAGGAAGCCGCCGUCAACCGCACACCAAACUCUUUCAUGACGCAUGGUUCCGAACGAGAACGUAUAAAAGUUGGUCCAAUGUUAGCGCCGGUACUUCUUUACAUUACCACAAUUCUAUUGAUUUUAUGCAUUUCCCCUCCAUACCUACAGAAUACCAUCCAACCAACACCAAGCCAUCUUGCGUUCUGGUCAAACCCAAACCUGGAUCUCCACCAUUCCAUUGCCCAACCAUAUUCUUAGAUCUUAGAUCACCUCCGUUACCAAAUUCAGACUCGUUCUCAUCCUUCCGAAUUCUAUCAAGCUCCAGGCCCCUAGAUAUAGGUCCCGCUGGCAAAUCGAAUUGUUUGGCCGAGAAUGGACUUGCGAAGCAUGUCCACUUUGAUAAAGUGGACAGCUACGAUUAUACGAUUACUAGAGGAGCAGAGGGGACUACGAGUCGUAGUCGGUACGAACCAAUUCACUGUACUUACAAUACGAUUGCCAAGAAUCAGUUCGUAGUACGAUCAGAUGGGGCGGAUUUUAUGAGAUUCCUUUUAGCUGGUAUGGAGAGGAAAUCAAGGGCUAUCUUGAAAACAGUAGGGUACUGUAAACGACCAAUCUGGAGCCACCAACCAAGUAGAUCUGCCUCACCUCAAACCUCACCACCAAAAAAAGCCUAUACAAGUCGUAAUACGAUAUACUUUUCAGGCUUAAGUACGAUUCAAUACGACUCAGAGACUCACUACGACUCUACGAUGCACGUGAUCGUAACGUAUCGUAUUCUACGAAUCGUAGUCCUUCCUGUUGGUCACGCUGAAAGCAACGUUAAAAUAUUCAGAAGAUGUGAAGCUAGGAGGAGCACCAGAGGCAUGAGGAACUGGAUUGAAUUGAUUGCUAGAGGAGUCCUUUAUGCAUACGACUAUGGUGACGACGCAUCCGACCAUGGUGGCGACCCAUUCGACUAUUACCAUCUUCUAUUGUACAUUCUAACAUGCAGCAAGUGGCACUGUCUAACUCCACCAACCGCCGACGGCAUUAAAAGUAGAUCCCACUAUCCACCUAUGACUGAAUUCGAGGCCAAUUUAAAAUUUUGCAGAAAUCAUUAUCCCUCACUUAUGAGUUGCGGCCGAUUAUCUGCGGAGUGUUUUGAACAAAGACGAUACAUGCUACCAACCAGCCCGGAGCCGAAUGAAUCGCUCACUGUACCCCGAGAUUUCGCUCGGAAUCUAUUGUUAAGCCACAUCCCUUCCGAGGCUGCGCAACUAACCUGUUCCCUUUGUGGGAAGUUAUUCGAUAAAGGUACGAAAUAUCAAAGUCUGACUGGAAAUAUAGCCACAAGAGACAUGGGUGCUAUUGUCGCUCAAAGCAACUCCGGCCAAAGUCCUCCCGAAAGCGAUCCUGCACCAUGUGUUUGCUCCGGUUGCAUUUCUCGCAAGAUCUAUUGUCGGUAUGGCGAAGAAGCCUUGCGUAAUCUCCAAAUACCAUCCGCAACUACCUAUGAAGCUGCGAAUGAAGAUGAUAUCGAUAUCUCUGGUUUGAUCACCCUUCGGCCUAGCACUCCCACUAGUCCGGGAGAACUAAUUGAAGGGAUAAACAUGUUCUCUCAAUUGGCUUCGCCGAUCUUCGACAUCGGGAUCCCUCCAGACGUUUCCGACCACAUUGAAAGAUGCGGAUCUAGAGACCCAAAUGCUAGGCUCCAAUACUAUGAUCUACCCGUUCCCUAUGGAUUUCUCCAAGUUGCCCACAACCAAUUUGUCCGCAUGGGGUUCCGCGAGGCUAAUUACAGCGAGGAAAAUGCCCAAACCAGAGAGCCAAAUGAGCGCAAUGUUCUUGAUCCAAAUUAUCGGAUAGUUUCCACAUAUUAUGUUGAGGAAGGAAGCUUUCCCUCCCUUUAUUCACCGAAAAUGCUAUUCAAGUACUACUGGCAAGGAAGGGGGGCUGCCAGAGAUGUUGGUGAAUUAACCAAGGAUACUAAGAAUGUGCUGUGGAGAACUAUUCAAUUGGAGUAUGAGCGGCUAUGGCUGGAUGUAUGUAACUUGCACACGAUACGCCCUCAAACCAUGAGCUUCUUGCAUCGGUGCAAGCACUUUAUUGAUGGAGAGCUUGAACAACCCGAUUUUGACGUUCCGCUACUACAAUCACUCAAUGUAAGCAUAUUCUCACAACUUUCACGCGACUUAACUAACUUAGAAUCCACUAAUCCAUCUCCACCACGCUCGCAGAUCGGAUCGGCGGGGUCGAACUUAAGAACGCGGCAUUGUUUGACCAGCAGAUCUGGCAGGACUGGCUCUUUGACGAGUCUCGGCGUCGGCGGUGUUGUCACAAUCGCGCGCAUUAUGAACCUAGCAAUUAAUCUCGACCAUGCAGUCACCUGUAUUUCCCUCGAAGGCUUCAUCCUGGCACCACUGCCAGCAAAAAAGACAAUCUGGGAAGCGCCGGAUGCAAAGCAAUGGCGAGCGGAACUCGACCUCACUAUUCAGGCACGGGAGAUUUUUGGAUUAGCAAAGACUAGGAAAGUGUAUACGAUGGCUGGCAGAUUUGGACCGGUAGUUAUGCUUGCUGCACCCUUAUGUGAGUUUGAACAGGCAUUCCGAGACGCUGGAAAAGUCGAACGUAAUCUCCAAACCCCAACGGUCGUUCUCUAUAGUGCACGGCCUCUCGUGAGCUUCCAAAUGUUCCCCGCAGCCACGAUUAAAAGUCGGAACAACUUCGUACAUCGGCGAAAGUACUCGAUAAGAAUGGGGACAUUUCAGAAAGACUCCGCAUAUCUAAUCAUCAUGUUUUCACUCAGCGUUUCGAAGCACGCCAUUGUUGUACUCACACAUCAAAUCAACAUUUCUGUAGUGGAAGAAAUUUUCACCCAGCUAAUUUCUCAGCGUCCUUUUCAAUCCUUCCAUACACAGGCGCACUCCCUCAGUCAAUAUCCCUCCCUUUCCCUCACCGGAGAGGACAUCGUCAUUACAGUUCGCUCCUUCACUGAAGCCGGCGCCACGCACAUCGCCAUCCUCGACCGCACUGAAAGCAAACUCCACAGUACCUCUUCUGCCAUCGCAGCGAUCUUCACUGCAGUGAAAAUCUGGCCAUACGUCGUCGAUGUCACGAAGAAAACCGAAGUUGGCAAAGCCUUCACGGACUUCGCGUCCGAAGCCGGUACCCUUGACGUCCUAGUCUCCAAUGCGAGCUAUGGAGCUCUCGACCCUCCUAUUCGCCUCGCAGACCUCAAUAAUUCGUUCUCAGGCUUUGGUGUCAGCCUCAAGGGCGCGUUCAUCAUCAUGCGGGCAUUUCUCCACUCUGCCAAAGACGCGGCCUUGCUCAACGUGUCCGUCCUAGCGAUCCUGCAAGGGGCAUCAGUGAGUGCGUACGCGGUGAGUAAAGCGACUUCAAUACACUUCUUUGGGAUUCGUGCAUCUGUGAAGUGUGGAUACAAAGAUGAGCUGAAGAGUGGGGUGCCGUGUCCGGAUGACGGACAUGUGGAUGUGAUGAACGGUGCUGAUUUGGCGAUAACUUCUCCUCCGGACGACUUCAUGGUCUGGCUUGCUGGCCCUGAGGCAGAUUUCCUGAAAGGGAAGCUUGAGAUUUUGGGAGGGAUGACGCUGCAGAUGUGGAUUGAUAGGUUGGCGAAGGAGCAUGCCGAUCUAAGAAAUAGAUGUACUGAUACUCGCGAAUGGAAAUAG